CAUUCCAAGAGAUUUACCACUAGAUUAAGCCUCGUAGCAAGCAACAAAUAUGGCUGAUCACAAGCGUUCCCGAGUCUUCUUCGACAUCACCAUUGGUGGCACCAAGGCCGGAAGGGUUGCCUUCGAACUCUACGAUGACAUCGUCCCCAAGACCGCCGACAACUUCCGUUCGCUCUGCACGGGCGAGAAGGGCAUCGGCAAGGCCGGCAAGCCCCUCCACUACAAGGGCUCAGGCUUCCACCGAAUAAUCAAGCAAUUCAUGAUCCAGGGAGGAGACUUCACGCAGGGCAACGGCACCGGUGGCGAGUCGAUCUACGGCGAGAAGUUCGACGACGAGAACUUCGAGAAGAUCCACGACAGGCCUUUCCUGCUCAGCAUGGCCAACGCGGGUCCCGGGACCAAUGGCAGUCAGUUCUUCGUUACUACCGUCCCGACGCCGCAUCUGGACAAGAAGCACGUCGUCUUCGGCGAGGUCAUCAAUGGCAAGAGCAUCGUUAGACAGAUUGAGAACUUGAAGACACAAAGCGGAGACAAGCCAUAUCAAGACGUCAUCAUCGCCGACUGCGGCGAACUCAAGGGCGAGGAGUACGAUAAGGCCACCGAGAAGGCCGUCGACCCCACGGGCGACCCAUACGAAGACUUCCCCGAGGACCAGAAGUCCGGCGACGUCGAGUGGAAGGGCGACGAGAUCGUCGAGAUCGCCACCAAGCUCAAGGACCUCGGAAACACGGCCUUCAAGAAGGGCGACCUCCACCUCGGCAUCACGAAGUACCAGAAGGCGAUCCGCUACCUGCACGAGUACCCCGUGCCGCUCGACUCGGACCCCGCCGAGCUCGGCCAGAAACUCAACGCCCUCAAGAUCUCCCUGCACUCCAAUAGCGCACUGCUGCAGAACAAGGUCGGCCAGUUCAACGACGCCGCCGAGAGCGCGACCAAGGCUCUCGAGGUCGAGGGCAUCAAGGAUCAGGACAAGGCUAAGGCGCUCUUCCGAAGGGCCCAGGCGAAGAUCGGCAAGAAGAGCGACGAGGACGCCCAGGUGGACCUCGAGGCCGCGCAGAAGCUCGCGCCCGGCGACUCGGCGAUCAUCAAGGAGCUCGAGGCCGCGAAGAAGAGGGUCAAGGACAGGAAGGAGCGCGAGAAGAAGGCCUACAAGAACGCUUUCAACUUCGACUAGAGAGCGGGAGUCGCAUGGAAUCUCCCCCGGAAAGCGAAGGGAAAAGGAGGGAAACAGCCGGCCGUGUGAUAGCAGGAGUAUAUGCCUAGCCCGCGGCAGACAGAAGUGGAGUACUAGUUCGCUAGCCUUGAUAUUGCACGAAUCUGCGAGCAAAAUCCUUCGUCGGAAGGACGAAAAGCACGAUGAUGAUACCUUACGAGUAUGACAUUAUAUAGAACCGAAGAAAUAAAACAUAAAUAUCAAAAACAUGAAAAA